AUGGGCAGCUGCGCGAGUCCGGGCAGGGUGGCGGAGUGGCAGCAGCUGGUGCGACGACUGAAGCCCACGGCCGUGGUUGCGAAAGACGGCUCCGGCGACUACCGCACCGUCCAGGCACGUGCCUCGGCCCCAUUCGUUGUCGCGUUGUCGCCCUCGUCGUGCCUCACACCGAGCAUCCCUCUCCCGCAAUUAAGCCGUGCUACGCCUGUAGCCUGCACCUCCCCCCUCUGUUACUUCGUUCCCCUCUUCUCAUUCCGUCUGUACGCUCCCAGAGGGGACCCUCUGCUGCAUUCCCCUUCUUCGUUGCACCAUAACAGCCUUUCGCACCCAAUUUUCCUCACCCAAACCCUUCCCACCCUAACCCUUCCCUCCCGAUCUCCGCGAGAACAGGCGGCAGUGACGGCGGCGAGGGAGGGAGCGGUGAUCUACAUCAAGGCGGGGCGGUACGAGGAGCAGGUGCGAGUCGGCGUGCGACGACUCACCCUCCUGGGCGACGGGCCCAGUCGCACAAUUCUGUCGUUCAAUCGCAGCCAGGCUGGGCACGGGGCGUCGCUCACUGAUUCGGCCGUGCUAGGAGUGCAGAUGUCGGGGUUUGUGGCAAUGGGGAUAGCAGUGGAGAACACGGCAGGGGUAGCUGGCAUGCAGGCAGUGGCGCUACUCGUCAAUGCGGACCGCUCCGCAUUCUACCAGUGCAGAUUCUCUGGCUACCAGGACACGGUGUUCGCGUGGGGCAAGCGGCAGUACUACCACAACUGCACCAUUGAGGGCAGCGUGGACUUCAUAUUCGGCUACGCCUCCGCCGUGUUUGACCGCUGCCGCCUGCGCGUGCGCAAGGGCCGCAACCAGAGCUACAUUGCAGCCUCGGGCCGAGCCUUGGCGAAUGAUACGGGUGGCUUUGUGUUUAUAGAUUCAAGAGUUGAAACUGCUGGAGCGACCCGAAUAGCUCUUGCACGGCCGUGGGGGAUGUGUGCCCGCACGAUCUACAUCCGGACGUAUCUUGACUCGAACAUCAUGAAUGAAGGGUGGGAGGCCUGGCACAAUCGCAUCAACAGCCGCACUCCCUACUUUGCAGAGUUCCAGAGCUACGGACCAGGGGCACGGCCAAAGUUGCGGCCCUCGUGGGUGCAGCCAGGGCAGAUCUCACCAGUAGUGGCCUCCAGCAUUUGUUCGCGCAAUUUUCCACCACCGUACGCACUGCGUAUCGCCACCAUGGCUACCGUCGACGCCGAGCUUUUCCAGCAGAAAGACAAGAAUCCGCUUGUGCUACUCGGCGCGUUCACAACGGCAGCGGUGCUGGUGGCGGGGCUAGCGUCGUUCAAGCAGGGCAACGACCGACGCAGCCAGAUGCUCAUGCGCGCGCGCGUGGUGGCGCAGGGCGGCACGGUGGCGCUGAUGCUGGGGACCAUCGGAGUGGACGGGUUCCAAGAGCGCAUGCACAACUUCUCGCAAAAAUUCCUCUCUCCUCCCUCAAAAGGAAACCCAAGCUCGCAACCCUAA